UUUUGAUCAAAACAAAUUCAAGAAAGCAAUAGAACCCAAUAGAGAAAGUGCGAGAAAAUUCUCAAGUUCAGAGAAAAAUUCCAAAAAUAUCUUCUUUUUUUUUGUAGUUUGGAGCUAAUUGGUUUUGGAGUUUGUGUCUGGUAAUGAUAUGGGAAAAAUGGUAGUUGAAGCUGAGGUUGUGUGCCCACAGAGCGUGCCUGUGUUGGACGUUCAGUACAUAUCAAGUUCUCAAGCGGGCGGCCCCUGAAUACAUCUAGUAGAGCCUGGACCCAAAGUUUUGGGUAUAAGACAUGGUUGAUGUUGCUGUUCUUGUUGUUUCCCAACAUCUUCUACCCAAAAAAGGAUAUUAAACCUGCAGACAAAAUUUCAGAUGCAGUUCUUGAAUCUGUCAUCCUGCAAUUUCUGCCCUACAUUCGUUCUGGCAGCUUUGCUGAUAUUGGUCCUCGAAGAUGCAUGGAAGAUGAACAUAUACAGAUAGAUGAUCUAUCUUCACACUUUGGAUCAGUUUUAAAGUUUCCCAAGCCAAGUGCUUUUUAUGGGGUAUUUGAUGGCCAUGGAGGAUCUGAAGCUGCAGAUUAUAUCAGAAAAAAUGUUAUCAGACUCCUUUUUGAAGAUGUCAACUUCCCCCAAGCAUCUGAAGUCAAUGAUGUUUUCUUAGAAGAGGUUGAGAACUCAGUCCGGAAAGCAUUUCGUCUGGCUGAUCAAGCCUUAGCAGAUGACUGCAGUGUGAGCAGUUCUACAGGGACGACGGCUCUCACUGCUAUGAUAUUUGGAAGGCUUCUCAUGGUUGCCAAUAUUGGUGACUGCAGAGCAGUUCUAUGCCGGAAAGGAGAGGCAAUUGAUAUGUCUCAAGACCACAGACCUAUUUAUCCAUCAGAAAAGAGGCGUGUUGAAGAAUUAGGUGGAUACAUUAAUGACGAUGGGUAUCUAAAUGGUGUUUUAUCAGUUAGUCGAGCCUUGGGGGACUGGGAUAUGAAGUUCCCUCGUGGUUCUCCUUCGCCUCUCAUUGCAGAGCCAGAGUUCCGGCAGGUGGUUCUAUCUGAGGAUGAUGAGUUCCUCAUCAUAGGGUGUGAUGGAAUUUGGGAUGUGAUGUCAAGUCAGCAAGCAGUUAGUCUUGUUCGUCGUGGGCUGCGGCGGCACGAUGACCCAGAGCAGUGUGCAAGGGACCUUGUCAUGGAAGCCUUGCGUCUCAACACCUUUGACAACCUUACUGUGAUUAUUGUAUGCUUAUCUUCUCUAGAUCACUGCCAGGAGCCGUCUCCACCCCGGCAACGAAAGAUGAGGUGCUGUAGCCUCUCUGCAGAGGCCCUUUGUAGCUUGAGGAGCUUGCUGGAUGGCAGUGCUAACCGUUGAACAUACAUACCUUGAUUCUGCCAGCGGUUGAAUGUAUAUACAUUUAUUCUGCCGGCAGUUGAAUGUAUACACAUUUUUUGAAAUAAAAUCUCUCUCCCUUGCUUCUGGUACGUUGAAUCAAGUUGAAUCAAAUCUCGUCAGCCGAGAAUAAUUACUGUUUUUUGGCUGCUUCAGCUAGAUGGGAGAAAAAGCAGCUAGCAGUUUUGUAGGUGCUGAUUAUUUAGCUAUUUGUGGUGUUGAUCCAGGCUGAUGUACAUAUAUAACCCAGGAAGGUGGAUGGUGGUGGUGUAGAGAUGUUGUAUACUGAUACAUUAUUAUUGUGUGUUCAAAAGCCAUUGUGGAUUCUUUUUGUAAACAGUCCAGAGUGACCACACUUUGAUUUGGUCCACAUCUGAUUCAUAGUGUUUACCCUGUGUAUAUUCUCAAUAAAAUAUAUUUAUUUCUUCGUUGCCAAUGUAAA